UUCCUUCUCAACAUUGCUGAUAAAAUCGGACAAAUAAUAUUUUUUCUGCUGUUAUAAAGAAGUAUUCAACAGGCAAAAUGGCUGUGGUCGUAACUGCCAUUCGCCUGUUCGCUAAAUGAGUUCAGACGAACCACAAGUCAAAUACCAAGAAGUAAGUCCAUUUCAAAUCAGUGAAGGAUUUACAAAUUCUAACGCACGCAGUCACACAAUGGAGCCCGUCAAAACCGGUCGCAUUUUUCUGGCAGCUGUUGCUGCCAACUUAUCAGCCUUUGCCGUUGGCACCUGUCUAGGCUGGACCUCACCUGUUACACCCAAAUUGAAAACCGAAGAUACCUCUGAUUCACCUUUAAAUGCACCCAUCGAUUCAACAGAUGAAGCAUGGAUUUCAUCCAUUGUUGCCCUGGGAGCUUUAGUGGCUCCCUUCGUUGCUGGUCCAUUGGCGGACAAAAUUGGUCGCAAAUGGGUACUACUGUCGAGUUCUGUGUUCUUUGUCAUUGCCUAUAUACUCAUGAUGAUCGGUGGUUCGGUGGUAGUUUUGCUAGUUGCCCGUCUCAUACAAGGUUUUGGAGUGGGAUUCGUGAUGACAGCCCAGCCAAUGUAUGUGGGAGAAAUUGCCACGGAUAGUGUGAGAGGUGCCACGGGAUCGCUUAUGCAAUUGUUUAUUGUGUCCGGCAUUUUGUAUGUCUAUGCCAUUGGUCCAUAUGUCUCCUAUCAAGCCCUGCAAUGGUGUUGCAUUGCUGUACCCAUUGUUUUCGAUGUGUGUUUCUUCUUUAUGCCCGAAAGUCCUUAUUAUUUAGCUGGCAAGGGUCGUAAAAUGGAAGCUUUGAAGUCGCUGCAAUUUCUCAGAGGUCAAAGUGCUGAUGGUGCCCAAGAUGAAAUGGCUGCCAUACAGGCGGGUGUUGAGGAGUCAAUGGCUAAUAAAGGUUCCAUUGCUGAUAUUAUUAAGAAUCCUGGUAAUCGUAAGGCUCUGUUCAUUUCCGCCGGCCUCUUGGUGUUCCAACAAUUCUCCGGUAUCAAUGUUGUGCUCUUCAAUUCACAAUCGAUUUUCGAAAGUGCCAAUACCGGUUUGGAUCCUGCUGUUGCCACAAUUAUUGUGGGUAUUGUACAGGUGGCCUCUUCGGGCCUAACACCUAUUAUUGCCGAUCGUUUGGGUCGUAAGGUAAUUCUGUUGACAUCGGCCAGUAUUAUGACUGUGGGUCUUGCCGCUUUGGGUGGUUUCUUCUAUAUGAAGCUGGUUGUGGGUGAUACAUCCAGUGUCCUGUGGUUGCCUGUCCCCGCCUUGGUUGUGUACAAUAUUGUCUACUGUGUUGGUUUCGGUCCCCUGCCAUGGGCUGUUUUGGGUGAAAUGUUCCCGGCCAAUGUUAAGUCGAUUGCCUCUUCGAUUGUUGCCUCCACUUGCUGGAUUUGUGGUUUCUUAGUUACAUAUUUCUACCCGGCCCUAGAUGCCAUGGGUUCGUACUAUGCCUUCUGGUUGUUCGGUAUCUUCUGUAUUGUCGCCUUCUUCUUCGUCUUGUUCAUUGUUAUGGAAACGAAAGGUUUGAGUCUACAAGAAAUUCAAGACAGGCUAAAUGGUAGAAAAUAA